AUGACUUAUUCCGAAAUUUUUCAACCUCUCAUUGAUUUAUUCACUCAAUCGCAAGUGCAAACCAUUCUUUUGGCAUGGCUCCCAACAAAAUUAGAAUCAUACUUGUCCGGAAUAAUGGCUGUAGAUAUGUUUUUGACAAGUGUUUUAGCGUCUGGAAUCAGCGCUUUGGUCCUUGCAUUAUUCACAUUAUCUGGUUCUAUCAUUAAAGAAGGUUCAUUGAGAACGAGAAACAAUAUUACAGCUCAGGUUGAAUCUUAUAUCGCAGGAACCUAUGGUUAUUUAUACCCAAAUCCACUUUACGAAGCUCUGUCUUGGAUAAUCUCUCAACAAACAAAAUCAUUAAAUACCGGUUCAUUUAUCGUACAACCUACUAAUUCUAUGUCUAAUAAUAAAAUUGACGAUUGCGCUCCUCCUAAUUUUAACGUACUUCCAGGGAACAAUCAACAAAUUUCCAUCAAGUUUAAAGGCAAAAAUUUCAAUGGUUCGAAUACAAACGUUAAUGCCAUAUCGGAAUUUUUAAACGAAGUUACGCGAGCUCAUAAGGAACAUCAAAGAAAGUUGAAAGAACGUUCUAGGUUUGAACGAACUGAAACGUAUUGGGAUUGCGUUCAAACUUUACCUUACAAUAAAGGUUUGGACACUGUUGCAUUAGAUGAACCGUAUGAAAUAUUAAUAAGAAAAGAAUUAGAAACGUUCGUAAACGAUAAAAGUUUCUACGAAAGAAUUGGAAUGCCUUAUCGACGAGGUAUCCUAUUAUAUGGUAAGCCGGGAACGGGAAAAACAAGUUUGAUAAAUGCUGUCUCUUCACAAUUAUCUCGCGAUAUUUAUUAUUUAAAUCUCAAAAACAUUAAAAAUGAUAAUGAAUUAAGUUCCGCAUUUAGUGAAAUUCCCCCCAAUAAAAUCAUUGUGCUUGAAGAUGUUGACACACAAUCAAAAGUUCUUCAUAAACGAACUGGAAAUUGGUUCCCGUCAGAUUCUAUCAAUACUUCCGAUAUAAAGGAUAAAAAGGAUGAAGGCAUAGGUCCAAAAUUGGAUCAUGGUUCCAAAUUUAGUUUAUCAACUUUCUUGGGAUUUUUGGAUGGUCAUAUAUUGUCCGAAGGGAAUAUUAUCAUCAUGACGACAAAUCACGUGGAACAUCUUGAUCCUGCUUGUAUUCGUCCUGGUCGUAUGGACUUGCACCUUGACCUUGAUUAUUGUACUCAUUAUCAAAUUAAAAAGAUGUAUAAAUGUGUGGUCGAAAGUCCCAAAGCUGAAUUCCCUCAAGAAAUUCUUGAAAAAAUUCCCGAAAAGUUAUUGCCACCUUGUGAAGUUAUGAUGACGAUGGUUUUAUAUCGUAAUGAAAUUGAUCUCAUUCCACUAAAGGUUUUUGAGUUGGUCACAAAAUACAUAAACAUGAAACCUGAAGAUAUUGCAAAAAAAAUGGAAGAAGAAGCGAUUCGUUUGGAAGAUGAAGCUAAUCAUUUAGAAGAAGCAUCUGUCAAUUUAGAGGAAUCAGGUGAAGAAGCGACAAAGGAAACAAAUAACAGCGACGACGAUGAUAGUGAAAGUACUGAAGUAGAUUCCGAUUAUAAGAUGAAAAAUUUUGAAAAUUUCUUUGCUGUAGCAUCAUAA